AUGCAGUUUCAAGCUCGCUUGAAUCCACCCAGCCGUGUCCCUACUCGCAAGGGUUCUCUUGGUCCUGAAGAGGCAGGAUUUCCAUCGAGACGAGAACUUCCUCUGUCACCUAUCAAGCAGGUUCUAUCAUGGAGUCAAGUUGAUGGCAUCUUAAAGACGAUUGAGUCAUUUGAUGCAGCGUCAUCCUUCAGUGAAAAUGGGCAUCUACACAUUCAGAACUUUGGCGUAUUCAUGGCAACAGGAGCUCUAGAGUCUAAUGGUCUCGCACGGAAUGAGGACGUCAUGCCCAAUGGUGGUCACUUCGAAACUAAUGUUAGCAACCAAACUCCUGGAUCAGACUUGGACGACCAUCUCUCUCCGCCGCAUGUGAUGACGAAUCAGACUCCGAAUGGUUUUGCAUCACCUUCAAACUCGGAGGCGGCGGUAGCAUGGGAAUUAUGCAACCUCCAUGAGAGACAGGCUCGUAGGCCUUCAGUUAUCAGGCAUUGGCAGCCGCAGACUUUGUCUGAUAGUGCUUCUGAGAUCAAGGCUAUUCGCCCGAAUACCUCAGAAAUCUCUGAGACCCAGCAAAGCCCACCGCAAUAUCAACGUCACCACACGGAAAUCAUUCUGCCCAAAAGCCCUCCAAUGUCUGUCUUCCCCAGCCAAGAUCGCUUCUUGAUGCAUCACUAUGUCCACACAGUAGUGAACAUAUUCUGUGUCAUCGACAAUGCCAAGAGUCCCUGGAAAACGAUUCAUAUUCCCAGAGCCAUCCAGGGUAUCGGGGAGAUGGAUGUCAUGGGAUCAACAUCCAGAGUGCGCAGUGCCUUGAGGAACGCAUUGCUCUCAAUCAGUGGCUUCUUCCUGGCAAAUGUUCGAGCAUCUGAGGCUCAUCCCAAUGAAGCUGUCAAAUGGGUGGAAGAGGCAAUGCAGUACCGAUAUAAUGCCAUCGGUCUGCUGAAACAGGCAGUUGAGAGUGACUUGUAUUCAGGAGGAAGGCCUAAGUACAAGGAAUAUCUUGCUACCAUGCUAUCAAUGAUCACUAUCAAUAUCAUGUCAGGAGAUACAAGCACCUGCGCUGUGCAUCUAGAUGGCGCGAAACAACUCAUCAGCCAUAACAGAAAAUCUAGAGUAUCAGGAAAGACGCGGGCCUUGCAUCGCAUCUACUUUUACCUUCGGGUCAUAUACGAAAGCACUGCCGUUGAGCCUACUGGUAGUGGAGUUGAUACUUCACCAAGCGGAGAGGCUUCCAACCAGCCUGGGCCCUACCACUCGCCCCGGUCGCAUGCCGAAGAGCGAUUUGAAGAACCUACUGAGAUGGCAAGUUUUGAGUGUAUCUACGGUAUCCCUCGGAGUCUCCUCGUCCUCCUCAAAGAUACAACCAAUCUCAUCAAACAGGUUUCCCAGGCAAGAACGUCUGGCCGGUCUUCAGAGAUUUCUGAACCGUUGAACAGUCAGUGCGAUAGUCUGGAGAAAUCUAUUCUCGACUGGUCGCUAGAAGACGAGCUUGCUCGAUGUCGUCAAACCAGUACUAGCACAAGCUUUGACAUUAUCUUCAAUCAAACGAAGUCUUUCCAUAAUGCUUUGAUCAUCUACUUCGCUCAAAACAUUCAUCUCCUCAGCUUUCACUACCUUCGGCAGUACGUUGAGGCAGUGUUGCAAGGCAUCGAGGCUAUCGAGAAGAUCAAGACCGACAACAAUAUUUUGGCAGCUCCAAUUUUCUGGCCAGCUUUCAUUGCAGCAACGGAAGCAUUCGAUUCUCAGCAGCAAACUCGUUUCCGGAAAUGGUACGAAAGAGUUGCGAUCUAUGGGAUCAAAGCAGUCAGGACUGGGAGCCGAGUAGUGUACGAAGUCUGGGAUAGAGGUCCGUCUGUUGACGGACGAGUGACGAGCCUGUGGAGAACUAUUAUUGAGCAGACCGGGGAAACACUCAUGUUGACUUGA